AUGAAAGCGAUAUCUACAUUGCUAAAACAACACCCUAGUGUCCCCUUAAAUUAUACCAUCUUGAGAAACAGAUCGAGUUUCUACCAUCAAGCAGAAUCCAAUACGCCUCCCAUUGUCAUCCUUCAUGGUCUUUUUGGUAAUUCGAAAAAUAAUCGUACUUUGGGACGUAAAUUACAUGAAUUGAUGAACACAACCGUAUAUUUACCUGAUCUACGAAACCAUGGCGAAACACAACACGAAUUGCCUCAUACCUAUGAAGCUAUGGUAACAGAUGUAAAACGAUUCAUCGAGGAGAAGAUUAAAAAACCUAGUCUUGUUGUAGGCCAUUCAAUGGGUGGCAAAGUCGCUCUGGGGACUGCACUCACGUGUCCCGAAUGGGUCCGAGGUGUUGUUAGUAUUGAUAUGGGUGCUACCACCACAAAUGCUGUGCGAGAAUUGGGUAAAUAUUCUCAAGGUAUGCUUGAUUUAGAAGGUCGGAAGUUUAAUAACCGCCGUGAAUUACAACAAGUAAUGGCUGAAGAAGUUGUACCAGAUCCCUUUGUACGAGGCUUUUUGAUGAACAAUUUAGAGCUGGAUCAAAAAGGGGUGGUCCGCGGCAAAUGUGAUCUAGCUGCAUUGCACGGCGCUAUCACCGAUGGCACAUUGGCUGACUGGCCAUUUACUUCACCACCAUACUUGGCCACACGUGUCCCAACAUUGCUUCUGUUGGGUACCCGCUCAGAGUACUCACGUGAUGCAGACAAUGUGUCUCAGCUCACGGCCAAACAAUUCCCUAAUUUGCAAACUAACCUUAUAGAAGGGUCCCAUUAUAUUAACGCAGAACAACCAGUGACAUGCGCCGAGACGAUCUCUAACUGGGCACGUGCUGCGCUAGAACCUUUGUCGCCUUCUUUGCCUCAGUAG